GCGUCCUAAUCUUAAAGUGACUUUGGAUGCCUUCGGUGAAGAGACGAAAAGUAGCAACACACACCAAGGUAACAUGCACAACUUCCCGACUUAAAAUGCUGCAUUUACCCUUUGCAAUUCAUCAUCCUUUUACUUCGGGGAAUCAUACUUUUUUCUUGGAAUCAUUAAGCCUAUUGCAUGUCGCCCAAAAUCAUUUUGUUCGCUGGCGCCCCGGAUCCUAACUCCAUAGACUGGACUUCAGCCGACCUUCUGACAGACUUCACGGCUCCCAUCUCAACCUUUCUUGGGAUACCUUCUCUUGCUCAUGACCAUGGGCCAGUUAAAGGCACGCAUGCCAGUAACUACAGGAGCUGCAGCAGCACCAGGAAAGUGUCAUGGCGUUCUUUGCCUUUAGAACGACCGCAUCUCGAAACCGGUCACUCUCACCUCCAUGCGCUCCCAAACCUCUUCGUCACUCCGAACGAUGUCAAAUUUUGCUCCACCGCCAGCCUCUCUUUCUCCAUUGAAUCAACGAGAGAUGACCCAGAAGUGCAAGAUGGAAGCGUAGCCUCGCAAGAACAACAGCGUCAGACCCUCCUUUCGCGGUUUUACGACCAUUCCCUUGCUUGCCACCAGGACAUCGCUUCCUCCCAACUCCCUCCCGCGUCCCCUUCCUUAGACGAUACGACGAAGACAACUUCACUUUUUAGAAACUCCAAGUCCUUCUCCUCCAUUGGAGAAGACCAUCCAUCUUCCCUCUCGUCCGCCCGUCCACCCCUAGGCAACCCAUCGGCGAGUACGCACCUCAGCGACCUGGAAGACAUCCCUUCCGCACGACACCUCUUAUCUCUCGCCCCGCAGACAGUGACGGUCAAUCUCAUCGCCGGCGUCAUCUCCAUCGCCGCCCCUCGCACAGUCGUCACGCGCUGGGGCACACGGAUGUCCCUCGUCGAGGUCCUGCUGGGUGACGAAACUCGCGCGGGCUUCGCCGUGACGUUCUGGCUACCUGCUGCUGCUCCUAGUGCGGACACCGCUCCGGUUAGGCAGAGGACGGCCGAAAAGCAGGAGCCGGAGCUGCUGGCGGACGGACUGUCGAAGCUGAGGACACAGGACGUCGUACUCCUGCAGAACGUGGCGCUGAACGUGUUCAGGGGCCGCGUGUACGGCCAGAGCUUGCGGAAGGGGUUGACCAAGCUGUAUCUGCUUCAUCGCCGGAGACUGGACCCUGGAGAUGAAGAAGGGUAUUACUGCGCAAGGGACUUUGCCAGGGCCAGGCCAGACGAGCGAGGAUCGCACCCGCAGUUUGAGAAGACUAGGCGGGUUAGAGAUUGGGUUUUGCGUUUUGUGCGUGCAGGUCAGACGGACACUUCGGGCGAAAAGGGACCGAGAACGACGGCUGGGAAGAAAAGGAAGGGCUGGGAAAUGCCGCCGGACGACACGCAGUAACGAGAAGGGUGUAUUCUUCGUUCUUUGGGUGAUCUUGGGUCCAGUGUGACUUUGCAUUACGGGGCGAAAAAAAAGAGAGUUGGAGACGUAGAUCAGAACAUUAAGGAUCAGGGAGGGUAUGGAGGGCCGUUAUAACAGGACCUAAGAGAAUCAUCAUGCUACUUGUCAUGGGUAAUGCGAAGCUAGUUUGCCUGAGAGAGUUAAAUGCAGUCUGUCUCUGUCAUCAAACCUCAAAUAGAGCACCGCACCUAACAUCCAAGAUGUU